UCACCAUGACAAUGUUGAUUUUCUGUAUAGAGACAAGCCGGGCAACAUUUCGUAUUCGCCAUGUGGCUCCUACUGUUGAUGGUUUUACCGGAACACAUCCGAAACAGGCGAUCCGUUAAAGUGGUAGCUUUCCUGGUCGUUGUUGGCACUUUGCUCUUCUGGUGGUACAAUUUCCCUUUCCAAAAAGUGCACCAAUACAUUCUGGAGAGCCAUAAAAGCAAAUCCAUUUUAUUAUGGAACGUCCAUCCCGAUCAAAAGGAGCUCUAUUUCAAGCAGAGCUGCGGUUCUAUUCGCUGUGAAAUCAUUACGAACCGAUCAGAACGUGCCACGGAAUCUUACGACGCCAUAGUGGUCCUUUUCGGCGAUAAAUUUUUGCCACUCGAUUCAUUGGAAUUAAUCGAUUAUCAAACAGCUCGCAACAACACAAAUCAACGGUUGGUUUUCUUUACUCAAGAAUCCCCUCUAUCGCUCGGUUCCAUUUGCAAUGUGAGUGAAUGGGCAAACAUUUUCAACUGGACCAUGACGUAUAGACGGGAUUCGGAUAUUCCUUUACUUUAUGGCCGGAUCGUGCCGGAAGAAUCUGCUUUACUCUCACCGGAAGAGGUGCUUCAUCACAUAGAAAGAGCUCGUAAAUCUUUCCGGCCACGUCCUUUUCCCGUUUCAAGAAAGCGGAAGACGAGCAAGAACAUUAUUGCCUGGACGGUAUCCGAUUGCAGCACUACAAGUCGAAGAGAGAUGUACGUCGAAGAGCUGAGCAAGUACAUCGAUAUCGACAUUUACGGCGAAUGCGGCAAUCUCACCUGCGCUGGGUGUUACGACGUGACGGACUACAAGUUUUACUUGUCGUUCGAAAACGCACUUUGUCCUGACUACGUAACGGAUACAUUUUUUGAAAUGAUGAAUCACGACAUUGUUCCGAUCGUGUACGGUGGCGCCAACUACAGUCUGCACGCGCCAAUUCAUUCGUACAUAGACGCCCGCCAAUUCAAACCGAAAGAAUUGGCCGCCUACCUGAAAUUGCUCGACGCCAACGAAACGCUACACGGCGAAUACUUUUGGUGGAAAGAUCAUUAUCGAGUGAAAUCAAGUGUAAAGGACAUGUCAGGCAACGCCUUUUGUCAUCUAUGUCAAGAAUUGCACAGAAAUUUCGAAUCAAAAUCUUAUCCGAGUUUAACACGCGAAUGGGGCGAAAAUAGCCAGUGCACGUCGAUGGAUCCCUUGUUGAUCUCUUAAACUGAUUCAUUGUUCAAUCUUUAAAAAAGGAAUUUAACUACUGUUGACGAUACGAACGUGAAAAGGAAGGCAUCCGGCUUUUGGAAUCUACGGUCGUUUUGAUGUAAAUCGUGUACAGAUCAGCAAACGUAGCGUACGAAUUGUUCCACGAAUAAACGCCAUUGUCUCAAA